CGCCAAGCCCCAAUUUGUAAAUACUUUUGUCGCAAAUACCGAAAGCUCUUUGCCAAUACUAGCAAAAACUAAAACGAUCUCGAUUCUCAGCGAUCUCUAUUGAAAAUAGACAAGUGACGAAUUCGCUCCGUUGCGUAUACGCCGUGUGUGCGCCCGCCGUGUAUAGCGACUAUAAAAACAAAUUAAAUAAUCUACAUACAACUUAACUAAAUGCGUGAUCGCAAUUUAGGCAAAAUGCCGCGUGGAGGAACAACAACAGCACGCUAUGAGGAGGAUCCGGACAAUGCCUGGAACUGCUGUUCCUGGUGUGAGUAUCUGCUGAUAGUUAUACUAUCCACCAUAUUGCUGGUGGGAGUGCUGGUGCUGACGCUCUUCUGGGUCAUGUUCUAUCGCGGUGGCUUCGCCUGGUCCGAGAGUCCCACACAACAGUUCAAUUUGCAUCCCAUUUUGAUGAUAGCUGGCUUUGUUACAUUGUCUGGAUUUUCAAUUUUAAUUUAUCGCCUGUGCCGCUGCAUGAAGCACAUCUAUGUGAAACUCAUCCACAUGUUCUUUCACGCCAUCGCAAUACCCUGCAUUGCACUUGGCUUCCUCUCCGUCUUUGAGUCGCACAAUGCAUUGCAAAUACCAAACUUCUACAGUCUGCACUCGUGGCUGGGAUUCGUGACUAUGGGCAUGUUUGUGCUACAGUUUGUAAUUGGUUUCUUCAGUUUUCUGGUGAUGCUCUGCUGCGAAAACAAGACCUAUAGCUGCCGCUCUGCCAUGGUGCCCAUACACGCCAGCCUGGGCUUGGCCAAUUUCUGGCUAGCCAUUGCCACAUCCGUUACCGGUUUGAUUGAAAAGGAGCGCGCUACGGUUAAGGAUGAGAACAUGAGCGAGGAGAAUCGUCUCAUUGAGCAUUAUAUAACCAGCGCCAUUGGUAUUACAUUGAUCUUUAUUGGCAUCAUUGUCACUUUUGCCGUGCGAAGGUCCAACGCGCCCGCCUCUGCCAAAGUCUAUGUAACUGAGCGCAUUUAAAGCCGUCACACUGCCACGCCCACGUCCACUACGCCCACAUAAGCAAGCCGGUGUUAAUCCAAAGGCUUAAAUUUCUGUUCAGUGAACACUUAUUGUAUUGGAUGUACCCCAGUCGCUGUCGUCUGAGCACAAAACUAAAAAGAUAUAUACACGCUUUUGCAUUCUUUACAUAUUAUAGCAUUCUAUAACUAUAUAUGCCAAAUCAAAAUUUUUGCACUUUUUGAAAUCAAAAUGCCAACUUAGGCUGCUAAGUAGUUAUGUAGGCUUAGGAAUCUCUUUAAAUAACAAACACAACACACAGACUAUUAAAGACAUAAACAAUUGAUAUAGGACCGCCCAGCCCAGACCAAGCAUAUGGAACUACUUAUAUAAAUAAACAACAAUAUAAUAUAUACAUACAUAUGUACUGCUGAAAUCUUAGCCCAGCUCUUUGAUAGUUUUGUAGACUCUUUACAUGCAUAUACAUAUAACAUAUACACAACUAUUCAAUCUUGAUAUUGUACUAUACAUAAUUUUACAUACGAACACUAAAAUAUUGUCGCAUUUGAUGUUUUUGUAAUUU